AUGGCAUCAAAACGACCUGAACAUCAAGGUCCACCGGAUAUAUUUUAUAACGAAGAAGAAGCUCGAAAAUAUUCGCAAAAUACACAUAUUAUUGAUGUACAAACAAAAUUAUCUGAACGUGCUAUUGAAUUACUUAAUUUACCUGAUGAAGAAUCAUGCUUAGUACUUGAUAUCGGAUGUGGCUCUGGUUUAAGUGGAGAAGUACUAACAGAGUUAGGUCAUCAAUGGGUUGGACUUGAUAUAUCACAAGCAAUGUUAGGUUCGUUUUUUAAACUUACGACAGAACAUAUUCCAACUGUCGGACAUGUAGCACAAGAACGAGAAGUUGAAGGUGAUCUUAUAUUAGGUGAUAUUGGUUAUGGAAUGCCAUUUCGUGCUGGUUCAUUCGAUGGUGCUAUAAGUAUUUCAGCAUUACAAUGGUUAUGUCAAGCUGAUAAAAGUUAUCAUAAUCCAGUAAAGCGACUUUAUAAAUUUUUUUCAACACUUUAUAGUUGUUUGGCUCGUGGUGCUCGAGCUGUACUACAAUUUUAUCCAGAAACACCAAAUCACGUUGAUAUGAUCACACAGCAAGCAAUGAAAGCUGGUUUUACUGGUGGUCUUGUUGUAGAUUAUCCAAAUAGUACACGAGCAAAGAAAAUGUUUUUAUGUUUGUUUGCUGGUGGUCAAAUUCAACAAUUACCUAAAGGUUUAGCAGGUGAAGAAGGUAGUGAAGAAAUGCCAACUCACGCACGAUUUGAUAAACAACGACAACGUUAUAAAAAUCUUCGUGGUAAAUCAUUAAAAAAAAGUCGAACAUGGAUUGUGGAAAAAAAAGAACGUUGGAGAAACAAAGGAAGAGAUGUUCGACCCGAUUCAAAAUAUACGGCACGAAAACGACCAAAAGCUUUUUGA